GUGGGCCGUUCCUGCAGCAAUUGUGUGGAGUUAAGUUGAAAGUUAAGCAACUCUCGCUCCUCUGGAGGUGUCCACCACUUUUUGAUACAUUCAUUGUUCUCAUCGACUCUCCAUUAUGGCUCGCAUUAAAAGAUUGGUGGUCAUGCUUUAUUUGCUGUAAGAAAAAAUUAGUUUUCCCGUUUCUUUGUAAUUCAGUUCCCAAAAACGGCAGCGAACUGGUUCCUGUUUCGAUUUCCAAUCUGAACCUUCCAAGAACUAUGCUGGAAUUUAACACGCCUGCCACUACGGCGGCAAGCUCAAUGCUGUCUAUGCUCAACAUCAACAUGGAGGCAUCAAGACAGAAUUUUUUACUGGGAAACCCUCCCCUCGCUGCUUUACAUUCUAUGGCGGACAUGAAACCCAACGGCGUAACUCCUUAUCCAAGCAGUCAGACCUUGAAGCCUUCGCCGCUGACACCCACUUGUUCCUCUGGUACGCCCCAUGGAAUCAAUGACAUACUAGGGCGGCCGGUGUCCACUUCGGCUCCUACGCUUGGGACUCUUAGUGCAUUGCCCCGGCUCAGCCUCGGUAUGGGUGCUGGCAUGUAUUUCGGCGGUCCUAAAGUUGGACUGGGGGACUUUCCUGGAAGGCCACAUAUUUAUUGGCCAAACGUCCUGCAGAGUCAAGCUCUGUGGAGAGAUAGAUUUGCAUCUGCAGCUGCUGUCCAGAAUGCAGUGGACAAAGAUGGCAAAAAGAAGCAUACGAGGCCGACAUUUUCUGGCCACCAAAUAUAUGUCCUAGAGAAAACUUUUGAACAGACUAAAUAUCUAGCCGGACCAGAAAGAGCAAAGCUGGCUUACGCUUUAGGAAUGUCUGAAAGUCAAGUAAAAGUGUGGUUCCAGAACAGACGAACUAAAUGGCGGAAAAAGCACGCAGCCGAAAUGGCAACGGCGAAGAAAAAACAUGAUUCGGAAGCCGAGCAACUUCGACACGACGACUGUUCUGACCACGACGAUCUCGACUGUCGUGACAACAAGAGGCUAAAACGAGAAAACGAACUCGCGCACCAUCGACAACAAGACGAGUCCUCGGAUAGUAUGCCGUCUACUUAGUUCUUUCCCACUGUUGAGGGAACCUAGUAGGCCAUGGUCCCGACGGAUUCGCUGGUUGGCACGGCUCAGCUUGAUCGCCUCACGAAACAUGCUAAGCACUUCAGGCAUGGAAACAACAUUGGCGGGAUCUUGUCCUUGGCGAAUUUUCGCGAUAUACUUGACUGGUCCGAAAAAUCAACAACGAAGCUUAUAUUCCAUUAAGUUUAAAGAGAUGCACAGUCAUGAAUCUAGGUUUGGGAUGCUUAAUGUUGAAAAGAAUUUCGUAGUUUUUUUAGCUUAAUUCUGUUGAAAAUUAAUUAACAUUUUGUUCGAAAACGUAGAUAACGCUUAUCCUCAAUAAUAUUACUUAUAUAAUUCACAUUCCAAAACCUAAAUAAAGCCUUAUAGUCAAUUAAAUUUUCAAUAAUCUAAGUAAGUUACCUAAUGUGAGCUUCCACCUGCAUGAAUCUCUUUGAAAGUAUUAUGCACGAGAUCAAAGAUGGGCAGACAUUCAUCAAAGAAAAAAAGACAUUUGAAUUUUGAAACUCGUAAGCUUAAACAAAUCCGACUUUCUGAAAUUUAUCGACUCAUUUUCUACUUGACAUUGAAAUAAGGUUAUCUUUCUAAUUAAUUUAUCAUUAAUAAUAAGCAUUCAUAACUUUUAGGUUAUAAAUGUUUAAAAAAAUUUCAAAUGCUCACAACUAUUUUCAUUGACAAUUAUAUACAUAUUAAGUUAAUCUAGACAUGAAAACAACUAGAUUAAUAAUUUUGUAAAAAUUCACCAGUCCUUCAUUUUAAUAACAACAAAACACCAUAAAUUUACUUUGAAAAUAUUUCAACAUGCAUUGCUAUUACGUUUCUUUCAGACGAUUCACUAUAAAUUAAAGAAAAAAAAGGCGAAAAAAAAAAUGAAACCCAUUAAAGUGUAAAAAACAUUUUGUUCGAACUCAUGAGAUUGUUUCCAUGUUCUGAAGAGCAGCAUGAGCGGGAUUAAAUCGAGUUAGCUGUGAUAUUAAGUGCAAUAGGGUCACUAUAUGUAAAUAAACAUUUUUCACGAAGGAAGCAUAGAAAAAGCAAUGAAUGAAUCAGUGACAUUUUCUGUGACUGUAAAGAUAUUCUCCAUGACAGUAGCAAAUUUUUUCGAAGUUACAUUCCAAAAUGCGGCACAUUUUAUUGACAACAUCCACGGAAAUUCCUUAGACACCAGUUCCAAGAAAACUUGCUCUUUAGAGACAGACGAUAAUUUGAAAUGCCAGAUUUAGAAAAGAAAAAAAUUACUUUGUUUUAUCUUUAAGAAAGCAGUUGGAAAUUCUAGUUUUGGAAGCUAUGAGAAUAACUGAUAUUUUUUUUAUGCAAUAUCUUGAUGCAAAGAACUUGAAGAAAUUUAUUGC